UUAUAUUUCUAUAAAAAAAACACAGAUGAAUGAAGCUUUAAGAGAAGACUACUCCUAUCUUCCUAAGCUUGCAGCAGAUGUCAUGCUCUUUGGAUACCCACUUGGGCUGAUGGAUGGUAAUGCUUCUCAUGUUCCCCUGAUUUGGGUUUCAGCAGUCCUAGAUGAACUUGUAAAAACACUGGGAGAACAGAAGGUGUUUGUGCUGUCAGUUCUGGGGAUUCAGAGCUCUGGGAAAUCGACCAUGCUCAACACUAUGUUUGGACUCCAGUUUGCUCUUAGUGCUGGAAGGUGCACUAGAGGAGCCUUUAUGCAGCUGGUCAAAGUGUCAGAGUAGAUGAAAACACAACUGAAAUUUGACUACAUUGUAGUUGUUGACACUGAAGAUCUUAGAACUUUAGAGUUGGCUGGAAAGACAAACACACAUCAUGACAAUAAGCUCGCCACAUUUGUUGUUGGUCUUAGAAACCUGACCUUAAUCAACAUCUCUGGAGAGAACCCUGCUGAGAUGCAGGACAUCCUUCAGAUUGUUGUUCAGGCCUUCCUGAGGAUGAAGAAGGUCAGACUAAAUCCCAGAUGCAUGUUUGUCCAUCAGAAUGUUGGAGACAUCACUGCUGAAGAGAAAACCAUGAAAGGAAGGAGACAUUUACAGAAGAAACUGGAUAAAAUGACUAAGCUUGCAGCUACUGAAGAAGAAUGUGAUGCUCAGUGUUUUAGUGAUCUAAUUGAAUUUGAUGUACAAAGUGAUGUUAGGUAUUUUGCACAGCUCUGGGAGGGGAAUCCCCCUAUGGCACCACCAAACCCAUCAUACAGUGAACAUGUUGAAGAGCUGAAGAGAAAUAUAUUUUCAAGUAUUAAGACAACCCAUGUGAUGAAUCUUUCACAAUUCAAAUCCCAUUUAAGCAAUCUGUGGAAUGCACUGCUGAAUGAAAACUUUGUGUUUAGCUUUAAAAACUCUUUAGAGAUUGCAGCAUACAGGAAGCUGGAGAAUGAAUAUUGUAAAUGGACCUGGAGCAUUAGGAGUGCCAUGUUGGUAAUUGAAAACAAGUUGCUUAACAGAGUCAAUAAUGAAAGGAACCCAAAGAUUGAUAAACAUGACAUCACAGCGGACAUGAAAGUCACAAAGUUAGAUGUAGAAAUAUCAAUAAAGAAGUUCUUUAAUGAAGACACAGACAAAGAAAUUUUGAUCCAAUGGCAAGAAAGAUUUGAAAUUAAAAUUUUGGGUCUUAUUGGUGACCUUGUGGAAGGGACAAUGUCUAAAAAUACAAGAGAAAAGAUAGAUCAGGAAAAAACUGUAAGGGAAAAUAAACUCCAUAAACUGAGCAAAGACCUAGCAAUAAGUUUAAAAAGUAAAGAAACUGAUGAAGAUACACUCAGGACCAAAUUUAAAGAUAUCUGGGACAAAUGGUUUACUGAAGUGACAAAAGAUGCACCUUCAGUUGAAGACAUUGAUAUUUGGAAAGAUGUAACACAGACUCUGUCAGAAAGUUUUGAGGUAAACCUUGUCUGUGAGCGAGAGAAAAAAGCUACAUACAAAAGAUUUGAGUCAUUAGGAGAUUACUCAGACUACAUCAUCCUAACCAAACAUCAGGAGCCCCAUCAGGAAGAAUCACAGGAACAUCUGGAGGAAAAAGAAAGACCACAUGCACUUGUUCAUGCAGAUAGAGACAGUCCAUCUGAGGAGAUCUGCAGAACCAUUACUUUAACCUCUGAGGAUAACAAGUUACUUCGUGCGUUAAUUGGACAAAUGAUUAAAGCAACUGAAGAAGAAAUCCAGAAGAAACCCAUGGCAGAACAGGGAUACAGUGAGAUUUAUAUUGCAGAAAUAAUAGCCUCCAUCAAAAACCAAGUAAAAGCACACCAAACUCAAACCUCCAAAUAUAAAUUUAAGAAGGAAUUUACAGUGGAUCUAUGUCUCCAUGUGUGCAGCUUUGCAGCUAAAAUUCUCAUUGACCUUCACAAUCAAUUUAAAGACACAAACGAUGUAGGAGUCUACCUGGAGAAACAGAAGCCUCAGUACUUCAACAUCUUUAAGAACUACUACAAUGGUGCGACCUCCACAACAGUGUUUGGUGAAUACAUUGUGAAUAAACUUGAGCCGUCUAUACUGCAGGCGGCGUACGACCAAACUGCCAUUGAUGUAACUGAGAAAAUAAAACGUGACGUUCCAGCAUUCAGUGGAAACAGGUCAAAUCUGGAGAAAUACAUCCUGACAUCACUAGCAGAAGAGGAAAACUUUGGAAACUACGUGGAAUACAUUCACAAGCCCAAAGAACAUUUUAAUCAAUUUAUUACCAAAGAAGUAAACAAAUACCUACUUGAAGAUAAAUGUCAAGAGGUUCUGGAAACAAUCAAAACCAACAUAAAGUCCAAAGUAAAGUGCGUGACUGAUGCUGUCAAUAAAGCAACCAAGGAGGUCAAUAAAGGCGAUGCCAACAUGUGGCUGCAGUGCUUCUCCAAAGAACUAAAAGAUGAGCUUCAGUUUAAGGAGGAACUGUGUCUUGACCAGAAAGACAUUAUAGACCUUGGCUUUCUUCAAGAGGUUGUAAAUAAGGGCCUGACUGACACCAGAGAAAAGUUAUGCAGUGAAUUCAAAACCAUUUCUGACCUCAAACUGGAAAUGUUCAGGAAGAAACCACACAAGGUUCUAAUCGAGCACCUCUGUCAGUGCUGCUGGGCUCAGUGUCCAUUCUGUAAUGCCAUCUGUACCAACACAAUGGAGGACCAUGAUGGAGAUCACAGAGUCCGUUUCCAUCGCAACUGUGGAAUUAAUGGAUGGUCUUUUGUCAACUUAGAAAAUCUUGGAAUUGAUUUCUGCACAACUGCAGUUUCAAGUACCAUGUUCUUUACUACAUCUGAUAGUGUGUUUAGUUUUAAAGAGUACAGAAAAGCAGGUGGAGAAUACGCCAAGUGGAACAUCAGCCCUGACACCUCUGAGAUGCCCUACUGGAAGUGGUUUGUGUGCAGGUUCCAGGAAGAUCUGGAAAAUCAUUACAAGAGAAAAUUCAAAGGGAAUGGAGAGAUUCCUCAUGAUUGGAGGAACAUCACUAAAGAUAGAGCCAUUGAAAGCUUAAAUGAGUUGUAAUAAUGAGGCGCAGUAACACCAUGGAUAUGGAAAACAGAGAGAGUGAGAAGUGGAGAACUGGAAAUACUGUAUAUUAUUGUAUUUUGUGCAUUUAAUUAUCAUUCAG